CACCAUAGGUUUUUCUGAGAUUGUUUAAAAUAGCAAAAUUGGGUGAGAGCUGGUAAGGGGAAUGUUUCUAAAUUCCAAUGAUGGCUAAAGAAAAGAAAGGUGAUAGAUUUAGUGGCUGAAAUUUGACUCAUCAACAAACCCAUUUCAAUCUUUGCACAAACCCAUUUGAAUCUUUGCACAAUCCCAUCCCAAACCCUGACCUAAAGGAGGGUUUCAUCAACUUCCUUCCUUCUCCCUUAAAACAUUCAUCAACUCUCUAUCACGUUCACCAUUUCUCUUCAAUUAUGACAUCCCUUUUGGAACGAUGGGAAAAAGAUCCCUUCUUUUCCGCUGCAGAAGAGGUCCAGGAAUCAGCCGACAGGAUGGAAUCCAUCUUUCGUAUGUGGAACAAAGAUUCCCCAGACGACCAACUUCGUAGAGACCUUCAAACCGCCCUUGGCACCACUAAAUGGCAGUUAGAGGAAUUUCAAAGGGCGACUAUGUCAAGUUACAACACUAAUUCAGCCGAUGAUGCAAAAACCAGACAUAAAGAAUUUGUCGUUGCAAUAGAAGCCAACAUUUCAAGAAUUAAAACAUCCUUAAACGAAACAACUACAUCCAAUGGCAAACCUCCACUUCCAUGGGUCCGAUUAGACGAAGGUGAAAGAGAUGAACUCGCAGUGUUUCUUUCAGGAGCACCUAUACAAGUUGAGAAAACAUCAACAAGGUUUCAUGUUAUAGGAGAACAACCUUCAUCAGAUAACCCUCAAGAAAUUGAACCAAAUGGGACCUCAAAGAACACACGCCAUUCAGUUCAGUGGAAUCCAUCUGAGGCUAGAGAUCAGGAAAAACAGCUUUCUGGACAUAGAAGGGCAGCUAGUGCAAAUGCUGACAUUGGUUCGUUCAAGAUAUCAGUAUCGGAUCCUGAUCACAAUGUUCAUCUCCUAUCUUCAAACUCGAAUCAGGGUCUUGGAACAGUUAAUGGAAUGGAGGCUGCGUCUAGUUUCAGUUGUUCCAAGAAAAACGCAUAUAGGAAAAUUAAGGUUUGUGAUCGAGGUGGACAAGAACAAUUGAAUGGAGGUUGUUGUUACGAGAGAAGCAAGAGUUGUCUAAACGGUUGUGAUGAUUGCGAUAAACAUAUAUAUGGUUGGUAUGGAGCUGUUAGAAGAUUAAUUCAAAGGUCUCAAUAUCAAGUACAGUAUUGUCGCCCAAUUCAGAUCAUCAUUUGGUCUCUUCUUCUUAUCUGCUUGAUUAUUUUGUUGGUAUUAACUGUAAUCUUAGGAAUAUCGCGAAACAAUUAAAUGGUCCAAAUCCAGUGGGGGCGACAUUUUUCUGUGUAAAAAAUAGAUAUUUGUUUUGAUCUUUUGAAAGUUUGUGUAUGUUAAUGUUUAUUGUAUAGAUAGAACAUUCUUUUGAA